AUGGGAACGACCUCUGUCCGCCGCAACCUCUUCAACAGCAACCUCAGCAAACGCGCCGUAUCAUCCAUCCCACCUAUGCAAGGCGCCAGUAACAAUUCCUUCAAUAUACAAUCUUCUUCUUACUCCAGCUCUUCAGAAACGAACCCUUCGUCGUCGAAUAAUGACAGGUCCACGGAUAGUGACGAAAUUGUGGUCAAGGACAAGAAUGGCAGCUAUAAGCUCGAUAUACCGGUGCUCCCAGUGAUUGUGAACGAUGAUGGGGAGGAGAUUGAAGGCUUUGAUGAGGGACAUAAUGGCGGAGGGCCGGGUUCUGCUGUCGAUUCAACGGGGGAGACUGAACUUGGAGGACGCGAGAAAGAGAGAAUUGAGGCCAGCUUGAUAGAGAUGAUGUGCCGCAAUCGGAAUAGGCAGAUGAGCAGUGACCCAGCUGAAAUAUACAAUCUAGUCCAGCAAAGCCUUCGAAACAAGGUAGCAGCAUUGGACGAAGACAAUUGGAUGUACGAACCAGCGGUCGAACCACGGGUCUAA